UUGGUUCCUUUUCUUUAAUUUUAAGCUUAAUGAUGGAUGUAUGUUGCAUCUUAUGCACAUGUCAUUUGAUAAUUUCAAACUCUAUACCGUUGCCCAUGGAAACCAUCAAAAUCAAGUGGAACAACUAAAGGAAAAUAUUAGUUUUGCAAGUGCAGUGGAAUAUUUGGAGAAAAAAUAAAUAAUCUGGAAGAAUAAAUACAUAGAUUGCAAAGCUAUGAAGUUUAUACCCUUGCACACAAAGAACACUGCAAUUAUUUAUAAAAAUGCAUUAUGUUCAUCCGCCAGUAUUAUAGUACUUAUCUUCAUCAUAUUGUCGGUGAUGAUUCCCAUGUUGUUGGUAUCGUUGCUUAGUCCGUAUUCUGGCAUUUCGGAGUCAAGGGUUCUCUUCGAGCAGCCACGUUUGCAAUUCAAAUUCCAAAGCAUUUUCACUGCGGAAACGGAAGAAAAAUAUGAAGCCGCUAAUGGCCAUGAAUCAAAGCGUAGUACAAACGAUUUGGUAGUAUGCAGUACAUUUCCUCAACUUAAUAGCAUUAUGCAAGAACAUAGUGGCAGUUGUGAAGGAAUUAAGUACUGGACUGACGAUUUUGAUCACGAUGGCACAAUUGAUCGCGUACAUUUCCAACAACAACUUGAUUCUCUACCGGGACGAAUUAAAAAUUUUGAUCUAGCUCUAUUUUUUGAAGCACAAUUGAAGCAUAAGUGUCCACUUUCGCCUCCAGCGCUGCUUACUUACCAUACCUUUAUCCCAUCAGCGGCGCAGAUAAGAGUUGGUACCAUAUUGCUCAAGGCUGAACUGAAACUAAAACAGUAUAUAGAGUUUACAUGCCCUUUUCCUGGUCGUAAUACAAAGACACAAUUCCGCGAAGUGCAGCUAGGCUAUAACAAAAGUCAUGUUGAGUUGCAAGAAUUCCAAAUUCCCUCCCUUCUCGAACAGUUAAAGGCGAAUCCGGCAUAUUUUCAACUUUCAGAGCAAGACACUUACUUUCAACAUGAACAAGGAAAAACUCUUCGUGUACAGCUGGAUUUAGAUGUGUUACAGGUACCUGCACGAUACCACCUAAGUGUCUGGGAGCGAUUAGGUCAGUUUUGGCUAUAUUUUGCUUCCUUCUUCGGCAUCUCUUUCUACGUGAUGAAUAAGAUUAAAGAUUAUCUUUUUGGCCGACACAUUAUUCGAGCUUGGGAAGUUAUACCUUGGAAAAAGCUUUACUGACACGGGCGUGAAC